AUGUUUCAGGGCGAUAGUGGCGGUGGCGUGAUGGCACAACUAUAUGAUGGCCGUUGGGUAUUGCUUGGUAUUCAUGCAGUGGGCCAUGUUUGUCAGUACCCCCCCGGAAAUUAUAGACCGAUCCUGCAAGGUCAUACGAGUGUUGCACUUCAUGCAGCCGAUAUUGCUCGCUUUACUGGCCUCUUCUUACCACUGGUGCAUGUUUGA